CUCUGGCAGUUAAUCUUCAACUCGGUGGUUAAAUAAAGACGAGCUCAAAGUACCGAGUCAUAGUAUUCAGUCACAUAUUGCAUACAGUCUGCAGGCACACUGCUGGAGCAACAUGGCUGUGCGGCUCUUUGAGGGGAAAGAUCAUGCAGCGGCUUACCUGCAGUACAGAGUGGCACCCCAGGAGCUGGUCAGCACAGUUAUGAACUUUAUGGAGAAAAGGACACCAAAACCAUUCAACUUUGCACUGGAUGUAGGCUGUGGAUCGGGGCAAGGGACGACCCUUUUGGCUCCAUACUUCACCAAAGUGGUUGGAACCGACGUCAGCCCCGUCCAGAUAGAGACAGCGCAAGCCAAUAAGAACCCUCCAAAUGUCUCAUACAGGCAGUGUCCAGCAGAAGAGCUACCAUUUGCAUCUGGAGAGGUGGACCUUUUGAGUGCCAUGACAGCAGCUCAUUGGUUUGAUCACCAGCGGUUCCUCAAGGAGGCUGACAGGGUGCUGAAGCCUGGAGGCUGCCUGGCUCUCCUUAGCUACACCAUGGACAUGGAGCUUGAGUAUGGAGACAUCUCCAGCACUCUCAAUGACAUAUGCAAAGAGUUUUAUGGUGCCCUGCUUCCAUUCCGAGAUCCCUACAUUGGAAAAUCCUCUAAGAAGAUCUACCUAGACAUGUUCAACUCCUGCUCUUACCCAGACAAAGAGUGGAACGAGUGCCUGCAGACGAAAAGAACCCUGCCAUUGAGUCAAUAUAUUGGCAUGGUGGAGACCUUCUCCAGCUACCAGAAACUGAAGAAUAAGGACCCCGCUGAGGCCAAACAUCUCUCUGACCAUAUCAGGAACAAGUUGAUGUCUGCAAUGAAGGUGUCCUCUCCUAAGACAGAAGUCACGAUGAUUAUGCAUUAUUUCUACUGGCUGGCUUGCAAACCUUGAUCACUCAGAAUGCAUGAAUCCUGUUUAGGAUUGCUUUCCAAGGUUUUUUAGCUCGUCACCACUUAAAACAAACAACUGCCUUGUUAGACCCUGAUUUUUAUUAAAGAUUUUAACUCUAACAGAGUGCAUUAGCAAUUUUUUUUGUUAUUUUUUAAUUGUUUAGACCUACUGAUGAGCGCCGUGUUGUACAAGCCUCACAGCGCUUCCUUUUUUUUUUAAUCUCUUUCUGAAAAUGCAAAUCAGAAUUUUCUAUUAAUAUUAACUCGAAUCUGAAUGAAAUGAAGCUGCUCUCAAGUUAAUUUUAGACUACUGACUAUCAACUGCCUUAUAGAAAAUCUGAGAGUGAACAGUAGAUGGAGCCAUUUUGUUGUAAUGAAGUCCAUGAAAAUCUCGUGUGCAAUCUUAAAAUCUUGAGUUUGACAAGUAUUGAGUGCACUUUUGUUUCUUUUUGUAAUAAGUGAACUGCAGUAAAAAAAAAUGUUUCUUUAAGUGAUGUGAAACCUCUGUGUACUGUAAUGAUAUGAAAUGUGAAGUUUAUGAAUAUGUAAGUACCCCAGCCUCUAUUUUCAAAUUACAAGUUAUUGAAGUAUA